UUUCCCGGGUUAUGUAAAGCCUAGACUCGGUGUAGACUCUCAGGAGAGGUAUAAAGGUCGGCUGUUCCCCCAACGGACUUAGAGUUGCUCGCGAACUUCACAACCGCAACCAUCGAAAAGUGAUCCCUAUAUUCAUACUUAUACGUAUAUAUACAUAUACAGCACCUACACAUAUGACGCAAAGUUAUUAAACUGCGUUCGUAAACACGUGGAGUACCAUUUUCCUGCACGUACACGUAUAUACACGCGCAUAUCAUAUAUGCGUGUGUGUGUGUGUUGAAUAAAAAUAUACGUAUAUCGUAUAUUGGAGUCCAAGUGCGGCAACUUUCCUAUAAAUGCGCUGCGUUUAUAUUUGCGUACUUAUUUGUCAAUAAUGUGCGUUGAAUAACAUCCCUUAUAGCCAUAUUUAUAUAUAUAUAUAUAUAUUGAUAUGUUUGAAUUGAUGUCGUCCGCGACUACACCAACAAUCAACAUGCGUUAUCUUAUAUUCGCUUCAGUUAUUUUGGCAAUCGCAAGUGGCCAGGGACAAUUCAGAGAGCCGGAAAAACUUGUGAAAGGAUCUCAUACGUUAGGGGACGAUCUUGGAAAAUACGACUUCACAUACGAAACGGAGGGGGGGAUCGUGCAGACCGAGCACGGUUCGCGAAAAUACGAGGGAACGCCGGCCGAGACUCAACUGAUACAGGGAUCGGUACAGUACAACGCGCCCGAUGGAACUCCGAUAUCUUUGAGUUGGACUGCCGAUGAAUUCGGUACACAAGUCGUGGGAACGCACAUACCAACUCCUCCGCCGAUUCCACCUGCGAUUCAGCGCGCCCUCGAGUGGAUAGCGAAGCAACCAUCGACGACUGAACAGCCCGAGGGAGAUCAGACGAUCUAUUCGGGCCAAUCCUCGAAGCAAAAUCGAAACUACGAGUCGCCCAAAAACGAGCACCAGCAAUUCGGAAAUCUUAAAAAAACAGCUAGGCGCAAUUAAUUUAUUUACCAAAUAAUGUCGAAAUAUAAAAUAAUUCUGUCUCUGA